GCCGGCAGCCAUCCCCUACAUCCGGGUACCGACCCCAGCCGUUCGGACUCUGGCACUAUGGUCAUGGCGGAGGGGACGGCAGUGUUGAGGCGGAACAGGCCGGGUACCAAGGCACAGGAUUUCUAUAAUUGGCCUGAUGAAUCCUUUGAUGAAAUGGACAGUACGCUAGCUGUGCAGCAGUAUAUUCAACAGAACAUAAGAGCAGAUUGUUCCAAUAUUGACAAAAUUCUUGAACCACCUGAAGGCCAGGAUGAAGGUGUAUGGAAGUAUGAACAUUUGAGGCAAUUCUGUCUUGAACUAAAUGGACUUGCUGUUAAACUUCAGAGUGAAUGCCAUCCAGAUACAUGCACUCAGAUGACAGCAACUGAACAAUGGAUUUUUCUUUUGUGCAGCUCAUAA